UAUACCCACAGUUCCGGUCUGUCAAAUAUCAAGUAAAGAUGGAUGUUGUUAGAAAGUGAAACACUUUGUGUAACGAUAAAUAUAAUAAAGAGAAUUUUUAUUAUAUCAACGUUAAAAUGAAUUCGAAAAAAGGUUUAAAAAGCGUUCAAAAUUUUUACGAUGGAGAAAAUGUUGGAAGAGAUAGUCCAGCGGCUUUAUUGGAUAUGUUAGCUGAAGUCGCAUCGCAAACACUUCAUUCAGAAAAAGAACAAAGUGAAAAGUCAGUUGUGAAUAAAAGCAAAAUAAAAUCAGAAUGUUUAAAACGAAAAAAUCAGGAUUUAACAUAUUCUCUCGUUCAAUUAAUUUCAAUGCCAAUGACACAAUUGAUUAAACAAUUUUCAAUAUUCACAAGCGAUGAAUUAAAAAGGCAAUAUUCAUAUGUUUGCACAUUAAUGCCUGAUUGUGAACAAAAAUAUACGAGUUUUGCCAGUGAGAGUAAGGCAAGAAUGUCUAUAAAAGCACAUUUGGAAGAUCAUUUGGAAUAUUUAAAAUCAAAUAAUGAAACUUACACAACAUUUACAGUAAAUACGGGGAAAAAAAUGAAAACAAAAUUACAAAAUAAAAAAACAAAAGUGCCACGAAUCAAGAAACCCCAAGAAAUUUUAAAUAAAGAAAAUAAAGAUAUAAAAAUAGAAAAACCAACAAAUUAUUUACGAAAAAUUCUUACAAAUGAAUUAAAAUCUCCAACUGAGGAAAAUAGUAUUGAUAUGAAUGUUUUAACGGAAAAUGAUAAUGAUGAUAGUAAUGAAAUAGAUGCAAAAGUUUUGGAUGAUCACAGUUAUUAUGAAUCAACGAAAGAUAACGAAUUACCUGACAUUGAAAAUGAUAGUAAUGAAAUUGUUCCUAAAACUGGCAAUGAAAAUAUCAUGUUAAUGGUGGUGCAAAGCGACGGUGUUCACAUGAAAGAAGUUCCCUACUUGUCAGAAAAAAGAGACGAUUUAAAUCAGGAACCAAUUUACCUGCCAGAACCAGUUCAAACGGAAGAGGUUUAUGCAAGAAAUAUGGAAAGUCCUGUACCUGCGAAACCAAAAGGAAAAGCAAAAUUUAUUGGUACAAGCCGCGAGGAAAAAGAAAUGGCACUACUUUUAAUGGAUCGUAUUAAAAAGAAGGGCAAUCCAAGUGGAAAUAAUCUUCAAUGUCGCAUUUGUGAUCCACCGAGAACAUUUACAGCGCCAACAACACUUGUUUCACAUUAUCGUAGUCAUGCGGGAAUUAAACCAUAUGAAUGUCGAAUUUGCCGAUCAGUUUUUACAAGACGACAUAGCUUGAAAUAUCACAUGUUAAUACAUCAAAAUCAAACGCGAUUCACGUGCGCUGAUUGUGGAAAAAAAUUUCGACAUCCAUCACAUUUUCGUGAACACAGAAGAAGACAUACUGGCGAAGCACCAUUUGGUUGUCCAGAUUGUCCUCAGAGAUUUAAAACACGUAAUACAUAUAAACGUCAUUUAAAAACACGUCACGGUAAAGUUUUAACAACAUCGGGUGAAUUACUUCAUUUAUCUGAGGAAGAUUUUCAAAAAGUUCGCACUAGCCGUAAGAAAAAGCCAACAAUUAUUGAAAUUCCAAUAAUUGAUGAGAAUAUAACAGCGCCUGAAUCAAUUUUACCCGAAUAUGAUGAAUCAAACUGUGAUAUUGAAGAAAAUGUUAAUGAAAAUUAUCAUCAUCAUCAAUUUACGAGCAAUGAUGAUGGAACUGUUUGGAUGUCAGAGAAUAUCGCUCAUAUUAUAAAUAAAGAGGAGAAAUUAAAUAAUUUUCAAAUUACAGACGAUAUCGAUAAUAAUGUUGAAUCACGUGUUUGUAAGACUGAUUUUCUUGAGACUGAAGACAAUGAAAAUGAAUCAUUUAAUUCUAGGCAUCAUUUAUUUGAUAGAAUUAAUCAGCCAAUUGAUAAUUGUAAUGAAGUUGAGGAGAAUUCAAUUAUUUUAGAUGGUACUAUUGAAACUGAUUUGGAAUUUAUGAAAACAAAUACUCAAAUUUUAUACGAAACAAAUGAAAAUGAAGAAAUUUACAAUGAAUACGAUAAUCAAAUAGAAAAUGUUGGCGAAGAAAUUUUGGGAUAUGAAGAAGAAAUUUUGCAAGAUAUUGAUGUUAUUCAUGAAGUUCAGAUAGAAAAUGAAGAUAAUUCACAUGAUUUCAAUGAUUCUUCUGUGAAUGUUUUUUGUGAUAACGAAGAAGAAGAAGAAGAAGAAAGUGAAAAUCCUUACGAGCAAAAAAUUUUGAAAAUAGAAGAAAAUCCCCUUGAGGAAGAGGAAGAUUUUGUGCAUAAAGAAAUAGAAGAAGACGAAGAGGAAGGAGAAGAAAUUUUGCCAACAAUUGACUAUGAAAAUAAUUCAGAAUCAGAAGAUAUUAAAGAAAUGAAAAUAACAUCUCAAAUAAAUGAAAAUGCAUUUAGUGAAAAAUGUUUUUUAAAUAAUGAUGAUAAUAAUGAUAAUGUUAAUAAUUCUGAGGCAAAAUCUGUCUUUAAUUUGAAUUUAGAUCAAAAGGAAAAAGUUAUUGUUGAACCAUGUGGAAUUCCAAUUUCACCAUUUCAAAGUCAAUCGGCAUUUCAUAUAACAAAGGAUGGUAAAAUGACAUUAUUUGGUAAACAAACACAAACAAUAAAUUUAAUGCAAAAUGGUAGUGCAAUUUUGUUUCUAUCAAAUGGCACAGAAUUGACAAAAAAUUAUUUUAAAAUUAAUCAAAAUGGAAUUCUUGUUAAAGAAUUAAAAACAUUGCCAAUUAAUGCUGCUGCUUCUGAUAAGUAGGUCUCAUUCAUUUUUUCAUUUAAAAUUAAUAAUCUUUUUUUUUUCUAAAGGAAGCGCAAUUUUUCAUAAAAAAAAAAUUUCAUUUUCUUCAUUGCAUUACAUUUUGCAUUUUCAAAUUAAAAUUUGACCGCUUUUUUUAAAAUUGUCAUUAAAAAUUUAAAUAUAUACCUUAUAUACAUAAUAAGUAAUGUCUACGUAUGUACAUAUUAAGUCUAAAAUAGUUUUUUUUUUAUAUAUAUAUAUAAAAUGCAUUCAACACAUUUUCUAUAAUAUACAUUUAUAAUAACAAAUAA